AUGCUGGUGCUGACCGACACGGACAGCGGGACCACCCCCAGUACUGCACCGGGACCCCGAUACUGCACCAGGAACCCCCCGGACCCAGAGAGACCGGCACGAGCACCGGGACCCCCCCACCGGGACACCACCGGCACCGGACCCCCGAUACCGCACCGGCCCCCUGACACUGCACCGGGACUCGGAGAGACCGGCACGGACACCGGGACCACCCCCAGCACUGCACCGGGACCCCGAUACUGCACCGGGAAGCCCCCGGACCCAGAGAGACCGGCACGAGCACCGGGACACCACCGGCACCGGUACCGCCCCCCCGAUACCGCAGCGGGACCCCGACACUGCACCGGGACUCGGAGAGACUGGCACGAGUACCGAGACCACCCCCAGUACUGCACCGGGACCCCGAUACUGCACCGGGACCCCGAUACGGCACCAGGAACCUCCCCGACGUCGGGACCCCCCGGCAGCAGCAGCGGGACCUCCAGGAACAGGACUGGACCCCCCUGGUGCCCCCGGGACCCCCCGGCACCGGGCUCGCCCGACCCCAGCAGCACACGGGGCACCAGCGCAAUCCAAGUACUCCCAGUGCGAGUGUCCCGCUGUUCUCAGUGCUCCCAGUGCAACCCCAGUGCAAUCCCAGUGCUUCCAGUCUGA